UCUCCUUCAAUGUAAACCAAAUAUAUAUAAUACACACACAUGUACACCUACCUAAAAGCAAUCUACCACUUUUGUGAGUCUGAACUCAUAAGAUAUGAUCAUCAUGCACUAAACAUAUCAUUCCCACACACACACAUAUAUAUGUAUCUAGAUCGAUACAAGUUACAGCUGUUCCAUAUGUUCUCUCUUUGUGAAUAAUCAGCUCUUUUUCUUUCUUUUUUUUGGUGGGUUCAUCACCAAUCAGCUCACAUGUCUGAUAAUCAAAGAUCGUCGUUAAGUUCCAGAGACAAAGUCUCCCAGUACCUCGGCAUAGUCCUCAAUCCGGACGGCACGAUCACACGCGUCCACCAAGUCCCGGUGGUCCCUGCAUCAGCCGAUCCCAGCUCUCCCUCACCCGUCCUCACCAAAGACCUCCCUCUCAACACAGAACACCACACGUGGGUGCGUCUAUUCCUGCCCCGGCAAGCACCUGAUAACUCCUCCACAAGAAAGCUGCCCAUUGUCGUCUACUACCACGGUGGUGGCUUCAUCAUAUGCGCCGCAGACUCGAACAUUUUUCACGACUUCUGCACCGAAAUGGCGGUCCGACUCGGCGCGGUGAUCGUAUCGGUCGAGUACCGUCUCGCUCCGGAGCACCGCCUCCCGGCGGCCUACGAUGAUGCCGUGGAAGCGCUACACUGGAUUAAAAGUUCCCACGAUGAGUGGUUGCGCGAUUUUGGUGAUUUCUCCAACUGUUUUCUCAUGGGCACCAGUGCUGGUGCCACCAUGGUGUACCACGCUGGACUACGUGCAGCCGUGGCCGUUGAUGAUCUCCGGCCGUUGAAGAUCAAAGGGCUGAUAUUGCAUCACCCUUUUUUCGGUGGGUCCGAGAGGACAGGGUCGGAGUUGAGGCUCGUCAACGAUAGGAUAUUGCCGCUGUUUAUUACUGAUCUGAUGUGGGAACUGGCUUUGCCAAUAGGUGCUGACCGGGAUCAUGAGUAUUCUAAUCCAACGGCUGUGAUUGGAGGAGUACAAGCUUGUGAACAGUUUAAGAUGCUGGGGUGGAGGGUUAUAGUGACCUGCUGUGACGGAGACCCUCUGGUUGACCGGCAGAUGGAGUUCGUGAAGGUGUUGGAAAAGAAGGGUGUGCAAGUGGUGUCAAAGUUUAGUGAGGGAGGUUGUCAUGGAUUUGAUCUUGAACCGUCCAAAGCUGUGGAACUAUUUUCAGUUGUGAAAGAUUUUAUGUCACCGUCGGUGAGUGCUUAGAAAAUCCUAGUUGUACCAUAUUACGUCAAGCCAUCUGGCUGGGCCUACGAGGUUGUGUCUUAAUUAAUGCAUGUUUGUACUCUUUUGAUAGAAAAUUUUAAUUGUUCAUGUCACAA